AUGACUACUACAAAACCAAAUGUGUUGAUGAUCGACAACUAUGAUUCUUUUACUUGGAAUCUUUACGAAUACUUAUGUCAGGAAGGUGCUCAGGUUCAAGUUUAUCGCAAUGAUAAGAUCACUAUUCCUGAGAUUGAAGCUCUGAAUCCCGACCGCAUUGUCAUUUCUCCAGGUCCCGGCCAUCCUUUGCAUGACUCUGGUAUUUCUCGUCAAUGUAUUGAGCACUUUGCUGGAAAAAUUCCUGUUAUUGGUGUUUGUAUGGGUCAACAGUGCAUUUACUCUGUUUUUGGUGGCUCAGUCGAGUAUGCCGGAGAGAUUGUCCAUGGUAAAACUUCGACUGUCAAGCACGAUGCCAAAGGCAUUUUUGACGGUGUAUCCCAGGAUAUUUCUGUUACCAGAUACCACUCUCUUGCUGGUACUCAGCCCACAUUACCCGAGGAUCUUGAGGUCACUGCCCGCACCGAUAGUGGUGUGAUUAUGGGUGUACGACACAAAAAGUAUACAGUGGAAGGUGUACAAUUCCAUCCUGAGUCUAUUUUAACUGAAGAAGGUCAUCUCAUGGUUCGAAACUUUUUAAACAUCCAAGGUGGUACUUGGGAAAAGGAUGCUGAGUUCAAGAGCAAAAAUCAUACCUCCUCGAGCACCGCUGCUGCCAGCGGUUUAAACUCUACUCUUACUAGCACAAAAUCAAAAAGCAUUCUUGAUCAAAUUUUUGAUCAACGAAAGAAAGAUGUUGAAAAGCUUAAGUCGACUCCUGGAAAAUCAUUUGAGGAUCUCAAAAAAUCUUAUGCUCUGGGUCUGGCACCUCCACAGAUCAAAGAUGUUGUUGCUCGCUUGAAGCAGUCUACCCCAGCUCUUAUGGCAGAGAUCAAACGUGCAUCUCCGUCAAAGGGUCCUAUUGAUUUACAAGCUCAUGCUGCUUCUCAAGCUCUUAUUUACGCUGAGGCUGGUGCAAGUGCCAUCUCUAUUCUCACAGAACCUCAUUGGUUCAAGGGCGACAUUGAUGACCUCCGAGACGUUCGUAAGGUCAUUGACUCUGUACCCAACAGACCUGCUGUCUUGCGUAAAGAAUUCAUUUUUGAUGAGUAUCAAAUUCUUGAAGCCCGCCUCGCUGGUGCCGAUACAGUUCUGCUUAUCGUAAAGAUGCUUGAUGAUGCUCUAUUACAACGUUUAUAUGACUACUCUGUCUCUCUUGGUAUGGAACCCCUCGUCGAAGUCAAUAGUGCACCAGAAAUGAAGCGUGCCCUUGCAAUCGGUUCCAAGCUUAUUGGUGUCAACAAUCGUGACCUGCAUUCCUUUUCUGUGGAUCUCAACACCACCUCUUCACUUGUUAGUCUGGUUCCUGAGGGUACAGUUCUUGCAGCUCUUUCUGGAAUUUCGGGCAAUGCCGAUGUUAGAAAGUACUACAAAGAGGGGGUCAGUGCCAUUUUGGUUGGUGAGGCCCUAAUGAAGGCAUCUAGCACCAAAGAUUUUAUUAAAGAGCUCUUACGAGUUUAA